AUGUCGUCUAUCAGCCAGUUGAAAGGCCCUCAGAGGCUGUCUUGGACAACACGCCGCAUGGCCAUGCCCAACAAGUCUCAGCUUCGGCUGAGAACCCGCGGGUUGCCCUCGAGAGCACCAUCGGCCACUCACAACCCAUCGUCACUGUCCCAAAAGAACCAAACCUCCCCUUCCCGCCGGUCACUUCUGAACCUUGGGGUAGAUACGGGUCGUUCCCCAUCUGGCCGUCGGCCCUGCAGCGCGCUAAAUCCCGACUUGCACCGCUGCCCACCACCCCUCAUUCUCGCUGCUCCCGCUUACACCCAACUUGCGCGCUUGACUUCGGUGCCCGUCCCGACAUUUUCAUCUUCUUCCCAUCAUCCCAAAAACUUCGCGUUUGGACACCUGCGAGGACAAGUUGCAUCUCUGGUUUCUUGGCAAUCCCUCCGUCCAUUCAUUGCAAGGGCCCCGGGCUCCUACGAUUCGAUUUCCCAAAAUAGGUCCUUUGCAACCUCAGCCAUGGUCGCCAACAAGAUCGAUGGCACUGCCGUCGCCAAGAAGAUUCGGGAGUCCAUUGCCAGCGACAUUCUCGAGAAGCAAAAGGCGAACCCUAGGUUCCAGCCUCGCCUGACCAUCAUUCAAGUCGGUGACAGAUCGGACUCAAGCACCUAUGUGCGCAUGAAGCAGAAGGCCGCAAAGGAGGCAAAUGUCGAUUGUGAAUUGGUCAACUUCCCCGAGUCCAUCUCUGAGCCCGAGCUCCUGGAUCGCAUCUACCGCCUCAACGACGACCCUGCCGUUCACGGUAUCUUAGUUCAGCUCCCCAUCCCGAAGCACCUCGAUGAGUACGUCAUCACAUCUGCCGUUGCAGACGAGAAGGAUGUCGAUGGCUUCGGCACCAGGAACAUCGGCGAGCUUGCCAAGAAGGGUGGCCGCCCUUUCUUCAUCCCUUGCACUCCUAAGGGUGUGAUGGUUUUGUUGAAGGAGGCUGGAGUCGACGUGAAGGGCAAGAACGCUGUUGUCCUUGGACGCAGUGAUAUCGUUGGCAGCCCUGUCAGCUACCUGCUUCGCAACGCCGACGCGACCGUUACCGUGUGCCACUCUAAGAGCCAAGACUUGGAGGCACACCUCAAGGCGGCGGACAUUGUCAUUGCGGCCAUUGGCCAGCCCGGAUUCGUCAAGGGCGAGUGGCUCAAGCCUGGUGUUGUUGUGAUUGAUGUCGGUACCAACUACGUCCCCGAUGCCUCCAAGAAGUCUGGCCAGCGCCUCGUCGGAGACGUCGACUAUGACUCCGCUGCCGAGGUUGCUUCCCACAUCACCCCUGUUCCGGGUGGUGUUGGUCCCAUGACCGUUGCUAUGCUUCUGUCCAACGUCGUCGAGUCUACGGUAAAGUCGUUCGAGAAGCAAAAACAGAGAAAGAUCUCUCCUCUGCCGCUGCACCUUAAGGAGCCUGUCCCCUCCGACAUUGAGGUCUCUAGAGCCCAGAACCCCAAGCAAAUCACUCGCCUGGCCAAGGAGGUCGGCAUUGCAUCUCAUGAACUCGAGCCGUACGGAGCCUACAAGGCCAAGGUCGACUUGACUAUCUUGAAGCGCCUGGAGCACCGUCGCAACGGCAAGUACGUUGUCGUUACGGGUAUCACCCCCACGCCUCUUGGUGAGGGCAAGUCGACCACCACGAUGGGUAUCGCUCAAGCCCUUGGCGCCCACCUUGGCCGCGUUACCUUCGCCAACGUCCGCCAGCCUAGUCAGGGGCCUACCUUUGGUAUCAAGGGUGGUGCCGCUGGUGGUGGUUAUGCCCAGGUUAUCCCCAUGGACGAGUUCAACCUCCACUUGACUGGAGACAUCCACGCCAUCACUGCGGCAAACAACCUGCUCGCCGCUGCGAUUGAGACUCGCAUGUUCCACGAGAACACCCAGAAGGAUGGUCCUCUCUACAAGCGUCUUGUGCCCGCCAAGGGCGGUAAGAGAGUGUUCCCGCCGGUCUUCUUGCCCCGUCUUAAGAAGCUCGGCAUCGACAAGACGAACCCCGACGACCUUACCGCUGAUGAGAUCCGCCGUUUCGCUCGCCUCGACAUCGACCCCGAGACCAUCACCUGGAGACGAGUUCUGGACGUCAACGAUCGCCACUUGCGUGGUAUCACCGUUGGCACUGCGCCGACUGAGAAGGGCCAGACCCGUGAGACUGGCUUCGACAUCUCUGUUGCCAGCGAGUGCAUGGCCAUUCUUGCUCUUAGCACCGACCUGGCUGAUAUGCGUAAGCGUCUGGGCAGCAUGGUUAUUGCUAGCUCCAGAGCUGGUGACCCUGUCACCUGCGACGACAUUGGCGCUGGCGGCGCUCUCACUGCCCUGAUGAGAGACGCCCUGAAGCCCAACCUGAUGCAAACCUUGGAGGGAACUCCUGUGUUUGUGCAUGCUGGUCCUUUUGCCAACAUCAGUGUUGGCAACAGCUCCAUUCUGGCCGACAAGAUGGCCCUGAAGAUUGUCGGUACCGAGCCUGAUGAGGACCACUCUGAGAAGGCUGGUUUCGCCAUCACUGAGGCUGGCUUUGACUUCACCAUGGGUGGUGAGCGUUUCUUCAACCUCAAGUGCCGUGCCUCCGGCCUUGUUCCCGACGUUGUUGUUAUCGUUGCGACCGUCCGAGCUCUCAAGGUUCACGGCGGCGGUCCCCCUAUCUCCCCUGGUGCGCCUCUCAAUGCUGUGUACAAGGAGGAGAAUGUCGACAUUCUUCGUGCUGGUUGCGUCAACUUAAAGAAGCACAUUGAGAAUGCCAAGCAGUACGGCAUUCCCGUUGUUGUUGCCAUUAACAAGUUCGUCACGGACACUGACGCUGAAAUCGCUGUCAUCCGUGAGGAGUCCAUCGCUGCCGGUGCCGAGGAUGCCAUCUUGUCCAACCACUGGGCCGAGGGUGGAAAGGGCGCCGUCGAGCUGGGCAAGGGUGUCAUCGCCGCCAGUGAGAAGCCCAAGGACUACAAGCUUCUGUACGACCUCGAGGGAACUGUUCAGCAGCGCAUCGAGGCUAUCGGUCAGAAGAUGUACGGCGCAGCUGCUGUUGAGUUCAGCGAGCUAGCUCAGAAGAAGGUUGAUACCUACACCAGGCAAGGCUUCGGAAACCUUCCCAUCUGCGUUGCCAAGACGCAGUACUCCCUGUCUCACGACCCUGAGCUGAAGGGUGCUCCUACUGGCUUCACCGUUCCCAUCAGGGACGUCAGACUGGCUGCUGGUGCAGGCUACGUCUACGCGCUCGCCGCAGAUAUCCAGACCAUCCCGGGUCUGCCCACUGCCCCUGGCUACUUGAACGUCGACGUCGACACCGAGACCGGUGAGAUUGACGGCUUGUUCUAA